GGCCCGUAUCGGCCCCCGUACCAUGGGAAUGCAAGAACUACAACAAACCCGACUCAACGUGUAGUUUGUUUUUAGCUCGUUAGCUAAGGCUGGGUAACUUAGCCACGGCGCUACAGUGUUGACGAAGGCUUGAAAAUAUCACCUAAACAAUGGCAUCCUGUCUUACGGAUACAGUAUCAGACUCUGUGAAGACUACAGAGGAACCAUCGAUUCUUCGUUGUAGAAAAUGCAGAAGAUGUGUGGCAGAUUCUGCAUGUCUCCUUUUGGCAUCGAAAGAGUUCACAGCCACAUGCAGUGUGUGGCAUGUGGAUGUUGAAACACUGCCAGAUUGGAUUCUCAAAGUAAUUAAUCAGGUUCACUGGACUGUCGGGAAGCUUAACUGUCAGUACUGUGGAGCUCGUCUGGGAGGUUUCAAUUUCAUAAACUGUCCGAAAUGUCCCUGUGGACACAAUACAGCUGUGCACCUCAGCAAAAGCCGUGUUGAUCAGGCUGUAAAACAUUCUGUCCACUUGAGCAGACCAGGUAGGGCCAGAAGACAUGCAGAGGCACAGGCAGGAUUUCUGGGUAAACGAAAAGAGCUAGAAGAACCAAAGGUCAGAGGCAACCUUGAGUCAAUUCCAAACCUGAACCAGGAUCUACAUCAAGUCAUCCAGAUGUUAACAUCUGAGACGGAACUUCAGAGUAUGCCAACACAAGUAACUCAUUUAGAUGGCGAGGCCUCUUUCCUCUCUCCCUAUAGUAGAACCCCUGAUUUGCCCCACCUCUCCUCUGUAGAUGAGGAUGUGACUGAGACAGUGGCUAUAAUGGACUCAGGCCAAGAACCACAAAGCAUCAUGUCUCUUGAAACCAAUAAUGAGGGUCCUGAAGCCCAUGAAAGGCAAAUGGCUGUUGAAUCAUCAGGUUAUCAGGAGAACACAGAAGGUCAUCUAGUUUACUUCACACCACAGGAAACACCUUCUCUGGAAACAGAACUGGAACAAAGGCAGGAGAACAUCAUCCUGGGAACACCAGAGGAACAAAUGCAUCAUACAACCUCCAGUGCUGUUCAGAAGUUGACCAAGAAAGAGAAGAAUCGCUUAAAGAACAUAAAAAAGAAGCAGAGAAAGAAAGCACAGUGGAUUCAGAAUCAAAUUGAGGAGAAGAGUGUGAAGUGGAAUCUGACGAGCAGCGAUGAUGAAGAGAAAGAAGGCUAUACUUGUGCUGUGUGUCUGGAUGUAUACUACAAUCCUUACAUGUGCCAGCCCUGCAGCCACGUGUUCUGUGAGCCCUGUUUGAGGACAGUGGCAAAGAACCGGCCCAGCAGCACCCCCUGCCCCCUCUGCAGAACCCUCAUAUCACAUGUGCUCUUCCAGCAAGACCUCCACCAAACCACUAGGACUUACUUCCCGAAAGAAUAUCUUUCAAGAAAAGAGACUUUCCAGAAGAUAAACUAUUCCAAGUGGCCCCUGCCCAGCUGUCCAAAGCGUUUCCGCAUUUUAUGGGGGUUCCAGCGCCGUGGGGCUUUUACUAGCCGGUGGCAAUUUCCCCACCGAGCUUUUGGGCUAGACGGACUGGAUCUGGGAGACAUGCGGGGCUGGCCUUUUGACUCUGACAUAGUGAUCGUCUCGAUCUACUCUUUUCACUGGGUGCUGGCUUUCAUCCUCUUUUGUGGCCUUUUUUACUUCUUUCUGUUCUGAUUUAAAGAGGACAAACUAGAACUAUUUUCUCUUUUAAGUGCCUCAUUUUAGCUAUGAAGAUGCUCCUGUAGAAACAUUGUGUAUGUGUGUGUCUCUAAUUGUGUACAGUUGUGCGCAAAGGUUUGAAUACCCCAGUCAAAUUACAUGCUUUGUUGAUUCUCUAAGUGAAUAGAAGUUAACACAUCAUCUGCAAAGAGAAA